AUGGCCAGAAGUAGAAAGAAUUCGUUGGUCCGGAACAUUGCUUCUCACCCGACUAUAUCAGAAGCUCAGACCGUCGUAGGUUUGCUAGACGAUUCGUACCUUUUUGAUAAGCUGAAGAAGCUGUCUACGGCUGUAGAGAAUUCUGAUAGCUUGCAAAGUACUGAUAUUUCGGAAGGCCGUUCAGAGAUUCAUGAGCCCGAAGCAACAUCUUCUAUGGAUGCGAAGAAGACACACAAGUACUCGUAUUAUACUACCUACUUGGACCAGUUAAACAUUAAGAUAGACGAAUAUAAAGUUGUUCUGGACCAAACACGCCAGGUAAACGAUCAAUUGGACAGUUCCAUCGAAAAAUUUCGGAAAAUCUCCCGGGAUACCGGGGCUUUCAUUGAAGAAACCAGGGCGAUCUAUGAAAAGCAGUCUAAACUAAGCAAUCUGACCGAGACAAUCCCCAGAACUCUCCAUUAUUUUGAAGUGCUGGACCCUAUAAUGCGCCGAUUAAACCAUGCCAGUUCUCCUGCCAUUGUUAAGAAGGGCUCUUUCACGACGAUGUUGGCAACUAUCGACGAGUCUCUUCAAUUUUUGGAUGAGAAUAGUGAGCUCAAAGAUGCAGCAGCUUACAGAAUCAAGUUCAAACAAUGUUUAAUCAGAGCCUGUGAAUUGAUAUCCCACUUUUUAAAUAAUCUGUUGAAGCAAACAAAUAGAGAAAUUUUGGAUAAAACUAAAAACAAAAACUUGUCAACUGGAUUGCCAUCGAGUACAAGAGACGCCUUCUUGUAUAGUAAAUUCUACACCAUAGCUGAUAGUUUCAAAAUUCAGGUGUCGGAGAUUGUUAAAAGAAGCAAUGAUAAGGCUUAUAAUAAGUAUCACGAUGAACUGAAUUCCAUUCUUUACGAGUGUUUCAAUCACUAUUUCCAAACGCGUUUGAGACUGUUAACUCCGGUUAUUUGGUCACAUAUUGAUGAGAUUAUUGUUAAAGAUAAAGACCAAGGCUUAGUUAAAUUCAUUCAAGACGGCAAAGCUUAUUUUCAGCAGUUAUGCGCGGAUGAAUACAAGCUUUUCGUUGAAUUUUUCCCUGAAAAGGAAUGUCGUUUCAAGAUCAACCAAUGGUUCUUACAAUUAUGUGAACCGCUUUACGAUUCCAUAAGGGUUAGGGUCUUAAAAGAGACAGAUAUUUGUACUUUGUGUGACUCAGUAACUUUGUUUGCCCCAUACUAUGAAUUUGAAGAAGGUUCAGAAGAAUACUUGAAGCAAUUUACCGACAUUCAAUACGAUAAACUGUUCGAACCGAUUGUCCAAAAAGUGCAAGCUAGAUUGAUCUUAAGAGUCCAAAUAUAUGUCCAACAGAAUAUAUUAAGCUAUAGGCCUACAAGGGAUGUCUUCAUGAUUUCAAAUAGAAGGGGAAAAUCGAAGACCAGUUCAGAUGGGGACAAUGAAAGUGCUGCUAGUAGUAAUGACAGUCCAGAUCGCUUGUUAGAAUCCUAUUUAUCCUCUUUCAAAAAUAGAAACAUGUUGUCUAUUUCCUCUAAUGAUAUAGACGAUAAGUAUAUCAAUUCGGAAGAAUCUGCUGCCAAAAUUUCACAGUUGCAAACAUAUUAUCCGCCCUUGUUGAAGACUCUGGCUUUAUUAUCCAAAAUUUAUGAAAUGAUCAAUUCUGUGGUAUUUGAUGAUUUGGCUCACCAUAUUGUCCACGACUGCAUUGUAUCCUUAAGGAACGCUUAUGACAUGGUAAUUAAAUCAUCAGCGGGAAAAACUGAUUUUAACAACUUAGAUAUUUCAUUGGCGUACUUGAAAAAUUUAUUGAUGUUACGUGAUUCCAUACAGAACUUUAAUAUUCAAUAUACAGUUAAUGAAACUUAUCUAGAUUUUUCUGGCGUUGAGGGGUUCUUUAAAUCACUUAAAGAAAAUGGUAGAAAUGUCUUGAAGAAAACAAAGUCAUCUUCGAUGCUGACCCUGGCAAGAGAGCUGGUUCCAAAAGUUGUGAACAAUAUGGUAGACGCACGUACAGAACUAAUAUCUGAAUUGAGAAAUGUCAUUAAGGAUUUUACUGAAAACACUUCUUUGGAGCUUAUUGAUGACACUUUAGAUAUCAAGAGUAAUGAAGAUCUAUUGAGCAAAAACGUAAAACUAAGAGAAAAUAUAAAGGCCAGAUUACCAAGAAUAUAUGAGCAGAUAUUAAAUUAUAUUGACGACCAAGAUAUUGUUACUAAUCUAUUAGACGCUGUGCAAGAGUUAAUUACACAAUCUUAUUCCAAAUAUUAUGAAACUAUAACCGAAUUGGCAGAAAAUGGAAAGUUGGCCAAGAACCAAGUCGCCGACGUUAUGUAUUUGGACGUCUUCACAGAUUUUUUUGCCAAAGAAGUAACAGAUCUUUUAAGAAACGGUGGUAUGGAUGCUGAAACAAAAUAA